ACAGGUCAUUCUCUGAUUUUCAUUCGUCGCCUCGUCUAGUUUUUAUAUUCAAUGUAGAAUUGUCGGUUGGCUGUAAGUAAAAUGGUUAAAUUUAUUCUUGUAAUGGCUGCCACGCUUAAUGUGUAGCUUAUUGGUUAUGUCAUGUAUCUAGGAUCGGUGUGUGGAUGUGUAAUCGGUCCAAUUCAACAAGUGUUCCGAACGAUGAUAGUGUAAAAGCAGUUUAGAUCGGUCCCGCUGGAACGUUUCUUCUUUCAUGUUUCCUUUUUUGGCAAUUAAGUUAUUUAGACUGCAUUUGUGUACUGUAUGUGAUAAAAACAUAAUCUAUGCGUCGUGAAAAGUGUGGUUUGAGGUCGCAUUGCGUGUGAACUGUUGAGAUCAGGUUGUAAAAUGUCGGAUACGCGUUCGUCGUCGGCGCUGUCUAAGCGAGCGGAGCAGCUGAAACGAUGGGAAGAGUCUGACACGAACAAGCAGUCGGCGUCGCCGAAGCGGCCGCUGCGAAUACGGUUCGCACCGGAGAUAGUGUUUUUGGCGGCGUGCACUGCGGGCGAGAAGGAGGAUGUGCAGCGGCUGCUCAAGGCGGGCGCGGACAUCAACACUGCCAACGUUGACGGCCUCACUGCGCUGCACCAGGCAUGCAUUGACGACAACCUAGACAUGGUGGAGUUUCUGGUGAGCCGUGGCGCCGAUGUCAACCGUGGAGACAAUGAGGGCUGGACCCCGCUCCAUGCCACCGCCUCCUGCGGUUUUCUCAGCAUAGCUAGGUUCUUGAUAGAAAAUGGGGCGGAUGUCGGCGCGGUGAACUACGAUGGCGAUCUGGCUGUGGACAUCACCGAGUGCGAAGCCAUGGAGAAGCUUCUCCGGGAGGCCAUUGACCAUAAAGGUGUGGACUACGAGAGAUCACGCAACGCUGAGGUGGACAAUCUGUUGACUGACGCGCGCAACUGGGCUGCGAACGGGUACACGGAGGUGCGCGAUCCCAAGACCGGCGGCACGCCGCUGCACGUCGCCGCAGCCAAGGGUUACAUCGACGUUGCAAAGAUCCUUCUGGAGGAUUGCAACGUAGAGCCUGACUGCGUGGACUACGAGGGCUGGACCCCACUGCACGCAGCCGCGCUCUGGGGACAGAAGGAGGCUGCUGUGCUGCUGCUUAAAUGCGGCGCCGACCCGCACCUCAAAAACUAUUCCGGUCAAACUUGUAUGGAUUUGGUGGACCCGAGUAUGUCCGCAUGGCUGUCUGAGGCGAUAAUAAAGGCGUCCUCUAGGCGCGUUAAUAACAACAAUAACAACAAAACGAAACGCAGCCCGCCGAAACACGACAUUAAGCGCGUCGAGUUGCAGAUCACAGGACAGAACGAUAACGUAGUUAACGACAAACCGCCGGUGCCCGAGAUAAUACCGAAGACGGACGGCAAACCGCCGAAAGGACGCGCACCGUCGCCGGAGGCCGAGCCAUCCGCUGACGUCACCGCCAACAAUGACGACUCGCCCUCAUGGCGUCGUUCUGCCUCUUUCAGAGUUAGACAGACGGAAGCCGCCAAAGAGAACAACAAGCCAGCGAACAACACAGUGGAUAACGACACUGUACUCCGGAGGACACAGAGCUUUGAAAACGAUAAGAUCUUCUACCAGCGAUACCGCGACGUGACGGCGCGCAUCAAGGCAUCCUCCUGCCCGUCGAUCCCGCCUGCGCCUCCGCCUGUGCCCGCGCAACCCAAGGACACUAACACAGACACUAACGAAGAUGUUCAGAAAAGAAUAAACCCAAUAGAGCUCCGAGACCGGGAAGUCAACACAUGGUCGCCGGCGAAUACUACAUCGAACACUAGUCUGACUAAUACAACAACACAGACCACAGUUAGAAGCUCGGAGAGCGUAGAGUCGAACUCGAGUAGCAACUCGACGCCGAGCGCCACCACACCGACCAAACUAUCGCCUGGCAACAUUUUCAAGAAUUUCUUCAAAUCGUUCGUACCGCCGGUGCGGGACGAUGAGAGCGAGACGCAACGGAAGGCACACGCGAAGCGAGUUCGGGAGACCCGACGCUCUACGCAAGGCGUCACCUUAGAUGAGAUCAAAUCCGCCGAACAGCUGGUCAAGAAGAAGGCCGACAAUGGCACGGAGACGGUCGCACCCAAAAAGGACGACACAACUGCAACAGAUACCUUGGCGCGGGGGACUGGCGCCGGCGGCGAGGCGGCGGUGUCGGCGGCCCUGGCAUGCGCGACCGCCACCGCGACGGCGACCAUCGCCGCCAAUACCGAGCGCCGCCCCUCCUGGCGGCUGCGGCUCGACCCUACUAACAAGUUUGAACUGGAAGACGCGGCUUCGACGCCUUCGUUGCGGCAGUUGCCGAGUGCGACCGCGCCGCCGGCGGCGGCAGAGGCUACGGUGACAAUACCGUUGCGCCGCCCGCCCUCCGGCUCCGCUGCCACCACUGUGGUCUCCACCCCUGCCGGCAAAGACGAAAGUCGCACAGCUGACGAGGACAAGGAGAGAGAGAGCAGCUCGGAGAGCAAAUCAUCGAGCACGACGUCACCAGCGAGCACGCAGGCCGCGCUCAACGUGAUCCAACGCCGCCGCCGUCCCAAGCGACGUUCCACCGGCGUCGGCCAUGUCGACAUGGAGGACAUCGUGAACGACCGCGGCGGGGGCGGCGAAGGCGACGGCGACACAGAAUCAGUACAGUCGGGCAACGAGCGCACGGAAGAAGGCGACGACGAGAAGAAAGACUAUAAAGCUUUGUAUGAGGCGUCGGCGAGUGAAGUUCGCCGCCUACGCGCACUGCUUGCCACCUCCGAGCAGCAGCUACGAGAGGCGCGCGGCACCAUCACCAGACUCUCGCAAGUGAACCAGAACUCAUUAUCUGAAAUCGAGAAGCGAGAAAAGAGGGCCAUUGAGAGGAAGCUCUCGGAAAUGGAGGAAGAACUAAAGCAAUUGCAAAAGCUAAAAGCCGAGAACGAAAGGUUGAGGGCGGAGAAUCGCGCUCUGACACGGGUCGUGAGCAAACUGACCAACUCGGCUGCAAAAUAGUACCAACAGGUGCUGCAAGCCGAAAACCAGCGUUUGAAGGACGAGAACGGAGCGUUAAUUAGAGUCAUAAGCAAACUGUCCAAGUGAACGUCAGCCUGGCGUUACACUAGUUUCCUACGUAAAUUAGAUUCUAUAAAGCCAUCACCAACCCUGUCGCAGACGCGUCCAGAGCUUGGCAAUUAAGAUAAAUUAUAUAUACUGCUGCUUUUGGUGAACGACGACGAGUUCCGACAAGUUGUGAUUCUGACGAACUGUGACUAGAUUGAACUAUUGCCGGUAGUUGUCAUCGAAUAUGUACAUUCGUCCAAUUAAAUGUAAUUUGUUUCCCUGUUUGCUUUUAUAUUGUAUUUAUGGCGCCUGAAUGUAGCUAGAAUUAUGAUUUUUUUAAAUUGGGAAUGGUCACAGUACAAAAUCCGUAUAUAACUUGUCAGUCCUGUGUUUUACGUUUGACACUCAUGCGCAACGCAUGAUAGAAUUUUUGACGCAAGUGAGUUCAAAAAAGUUAUCACUGUUGAAAUAUAACGCGAUAUUUACAUAUGAAUAAAUUAAACGUAAUUUUGUGCCAGAAAGUUAAUUACGUACUACUUGUUUUUAAGAUACUCGUAAUUAUUACGACUGUGCGUAUGUUUUAAAAAAAUUGGGAAUGGUCACAGUACAAAAUCUGUAUAUAACUGUGAGUCCUGUGUUUUACGUUUGACACUCAUGCGCAACGCAUGAACGAAUUUCUGACGCAAGUGAGUUUAAGAAAGUUAUCAAUGUCGAAGUGUAACGCGAUAUUUAUUUAUGAAUGAAUUAAACGUAAUUUUGUGCCAGAAUGUUAAUUACGUACUACUUGUUUGUCGAGUUCGUAAUUGUAUCAUCAGGCUUAUAUUCUAAAUUAUUAACAAAUUGACAUUAAGUACUUACAGUGAUUUUGUAUUUAAAAUGAUUUACGCUUUAGCAAUAUAUAUACAACUGUUUUUAAAUAACUCUUAACUUGAAUGGUAUUUGUAAAUAAUGUAUUUAUUUAUGGCCGCCU